UUCGACAAAAGACCUCACUCCCCCACUGAAACCAAGCCAAGGGUUUCUCUCUCUCCUCUCUCCUUCCUUUCUCCACUGGCCUCCGCUUCACAUACUUCUCCGGUGUAUAAUCUCUGCUCAACAACCCUCACUCUAUUUUCAUCAAAGCAAGGGCUGCUGCUAGGUUCAAGGGGCCAGGCUUAAGGAGGAUAUUUGAAGGCAGAAAUGAUAAGCAGCAAGUUGGUUAUAACUUACAAGCGAAAGCGACCCUCUUCUCAAUUUGAACUUGCGCAGGGAAUCGAAGACACAAAGACAUCUCCGGAAUGUGCAAGUAGUACUUGGACAAGAUUUGGUCAAAAGGCUGAAUCGAGUGCAGGGGAUUCAUCAAAGAAGCAAAAACGAGAUGGUGAGAGGUGUGUUCCUUAUGGGAAACAGCUGUGCUCUGGUUGUAACGAACUGCAUGAUUCUGGAAAGUCUGUGCCACAGCGAGUCCCAGAACCAAGGAAAAGAAGGGAAAAUAAAUGCACCGAGGUAUCUGAGAUGGGCCCCAUUAUACUUCGUUCUCGUAGGGUGUUAUUGACAACUAAUCCUGGUGACAAGACUUCAAGCAAGGGAAAAGAUCGACCCACUAAGGCAGUUGCGCCUGUUGAAAUGAAGCCAAAUUCUGUUCAGAUAGAUUUAUCUUCAAGUAUGAAUUCUAGCUCAGUAUGCAAGGUUGAACAGAUUGAAGGGAAUACAGGUUCUCGAGGAGUAGACAUGGAUGGUGCAAAGAUAUCAAUAUCUGGAGGUGUGGAUUCAUCUAUUCAAAGAAAUUGCAGUUCUGUAUGCCUAGACGCUACUGUCUUGAAGAUGCAUCCUUCAGGAAACAAUGAUUCAUAUGUUGAAUCGAAGUCUACUUUAUUGUCCAGUGAUGUGCUUCACAAAAGAUUCAGUAACCCGUUGAUUACUUUCAGUCGAAGAGCCAAAAAGAAAGAGCAAGUGGAUGAGGCAGAUAUCCCAAAGAAGUUGGUUGAGGGGAUGAAAUUUUCACUGGUCAAAUGGAACAACUGCACAUUAGGUGUAAGCGGCUCACCGGAAGGAUCCUCUCAAAGAUUUAACUCAGUAGAUCAGUCGACUGCUUCAGUUAUAUUUAGAAAAGAUCCAAACAUGAGCCCUUCGCUUUUACAGAGGCAAGAUGAGAUAGCUGGGAAAGAAGUGGACGGUGGUUUUGAAUCAGCUCAUGCUGGAGGUGCUUUGGAAACAAAGAUUGCUGUAUGUCACGCUGCCCAAGAACAAAACACUGACGUUGGUAAGGCAUCCGGAAUCAUGGUAACUGAUGAUGUGGCAAAGUCCGAUGAAAUUACUAGGCCUGGUGAUACUUCAGAGGAUGUAGGCCCUCAGGCCCAUAUGGAGCUUUCUGUCGCACCUCCUGUGGGUAACUGGGUAUCAGAUCACAGUGUGCAAACUUCUGUAAGCUCACCACCAACAAGUGAUUUAUUGCCAUCUGACGUGAAGGCUUCACAUGGCAUAACAGACUCCCUGGAACUGUGCUGUUGCAAACCAUUUGUUGAUGCCGUGUCAAGCCCACAGCAUGCCAUAGUGUUGCAUGAGACAGCCAAUGAAGGAAGCAGGGGACUGGAAUUUGUGGAAAUCCCAGAUGAGACAGUGCAGGAUACACCUCACCAUCAGAAACAGAAGGACAGAAAUGUCUUCUCUUCUAUUGAUGAAGAUGAUAUCACCUACAAACAGGAAUGUGACAGAGAGACUUGCUUUGUGCCAUCAAUGAACGUUUCUGUACACGACCCAUGUCAGCAGAAUCUUUCGGGAGAGAUCUUGAAUGAGGUGGUCCCGUUGGCAUGUAUAUCAGGAGAGGCAACCACUUGCUUGGGGUUUCAGGGAAGAACCUUUCUGCAGCAAUCAGUCUUUGAUAAGAAUAUGUGCAAACAAAUGCCAAAAAAGUCUUCUUUCUGUCCUCCCCAUUUUCUAGGUUUAUCCCUUCCAACGAAGCAUGACACUGUCAAGGACUUCCCAAGCACACUGUCACCAACAAGUUUUAGCAUUAAAAAAAGCAAUCGUAUUCAUGAUCAUCUGCUUGGAUUUGGAUUGCAAAAUGCGCUGGCCCCAUCUGCCUCAGAAGACAGCCCAUCAUUAGCGAGGCACAAGCAGCUGCUCGAGAACAUUGUGACAAGAGCGGAGAUGUUAAAAAGAAGCCAAAGCUGUUCACUGGAGAAGUUCAAAGGACAUGCAAAUACCUGGUCAGAAGAAGAGCUAGAUUUCCUCUGGAUAGGCGUAAGAAGACAUGGAAGAGGCAACUGGGAAACUAUGUUACUGGACCCAAAAUUGCACUUUGCAGAAUGGAGGGUUGCAGAAGACCUGGCUGAGCGCUGGGACGAGGAACAAUCAAAACUUCUGAAUGGCACACGUUUUCAACCCGUGAUAUUAUCAAAAGCAGAUAGCUUUCCCACCGUCACCAGCAGCUUUCUGCCGAGACCAGCAGUCAGAAGUCGGUAUGGCGGGUUCAGUGCUGCUGAGCAUCGCACAUCUAGAUGUCAGACCUUGACAACUGAAACAGAACUGUCCCUAGGAGAUGUUUACAUUCAGAAAGAGGAAAACGUCCGGAAGAGGUACCCAUUCCAUCUGUCUGGCCCGACCUUGGCGCUUCCACUGUCCAGUGGUGAUAGUCCAGACAUGGGUUCUUAUCUUAUCAAUAGACUGAAAAUGGGGGCCAAACAACAGAAACCCAUCAAAGGCCAGAGGAGCCGCUCAUAUUCAAGCAGGAAACGGGGAAGAUACGACAAGGGAUUUCCAACUUCACAGCAAAAACCCGUGGACAGAUCAGCGGGUCAUGUGCAGUGGAGCAGAGAAAUGUUCAGCUACGGAAGAAACCUUGCAACUUUGAAUGAUUCUCCAUCCACCCACAACCUGCCGACUGGUCUGCCAGCAACAGGUAAUCUGCCUCAUUGGCUGAGGGAAGUGUUUGGCGCCCCUCAAAGGCCAGCAGAGCCAGCACUGCCUCCCGGCGUUUCAGCCAUCGCACAUUCGGUGAGCUUGCUUUAUAAUGAGAAGCCAGUUAUCCCGCCCUUUUCUGUUCCUGGUGUUGCACCGGUCCCGCCUAAAGAUUACCGGCAGCAGCAAAGGCUGAGGAGGAGGAGCAGCAGUGCGAGUAGCAAGGUCGGUGGUCUAAGGUCACCCGACACACCAGUGUCUACAAUCCCUGCUGCUGCUAGUUGCAGUACUGUUUCAUGGAUGGAAACCCGACUCAGUCUUCUCCCAACACCAGGCCUGAGCUCUCUAAAACCCAUGUCAGAAAAUCAGGUUUUGGGUCAGAAAACUGCCGCUGAUUUGAACCAGCCCUGUCCUGAACCGUUUACACCAAAUGACCUCAUUGUCAUCGACAGCGAAGCCUCUUCAGAGGAGACAAUAUCGGAUGAUCGGAGUGGCAGGCAGUAGCUGUUAUCUUGUGGAUGCUAGUUUUGUAAGUAACAAUGCUGCAUUUGACAAAAGGUGUAAAAGAUUUUGGUUUCUCUUCCUGUAAAAAUAUGUUGUGAAUAUAUGAUAUAUAAUAUAUCAGAGAUGCUCACUUUUUGAAAUGAUAUUUCCCUCUCAUUUAAGCUUUUU